GAACGCGUCACGUGUAACGGUUGAAUUUCCGAUAACCUUAAAGUAGCAGUGUUUGACAGGACGCUGUCCUUGGCUAAUGGCUAACUUAGCGAGCUUAACAUUUACAAACAAUUACUAAGACUCUACAGCAAAGUGUUUUGAAUGCUCUUGGUCCCAGCUGCAGGUUGAGCUAAUGUCCUUUAUUUCUGGUGAACACGGGGAUAAGUCUCCAACUGCUCCACCUGCCAAAACUCAGGACCUGUUGAAGAACCCCGGGGCGAAUGUGACAGCAGAGAUCCCAUGUGCAGACCCAGUGUCGCCUACAUUGGAUGAAGCCACUGCUGAUUUGAUUUCACCCUUUGAAAUGCUUAACAUGGAGCCUGUCGCCCCACCUUACCAAGUGGUGCAGCCUCACUGGUUCUUCUGCAGACGCACCGAUGACAACACCUACUGGUCCCCUUUUAGCAGAGAAGACUCAGACAAAUUGGAGAACGCCUACAAUACAGGAGCCGAUCGGUGUGAGGUGGUGGUGGCUGUUGAAGGGGAGCGCUAUGACGUACACGUCAAGGAGAGGAAGCGCUAUGCUGUAUACUGGGAACAAACUCCCACUGAAGUCCGCCGAUGCACCUGGUUCUACAAGGGAGAUAAAGACAUCAGGUUCAUGCCAUAUCCUGAAGAUUUCAGCAAUAGUCUUGAGGAGGCUUAUAUGAUCUCGGUUACUUUAGAUGAGUGGAAAAGGAGGCUGGAUUUUGCCACAGGAGAGACUGUCAUUUUACACAAUCCCAAGCUGAUAAUGCACUAUCAGCCAAUAGGCAUGCAGGAAGACUGGGUCUCCUCGCCAUCGGAGCAUACUCGUCCUAGAACAGUCAAGCGAGGAGUUGACAACAUUGCUGUGGAAAUACCAGAUGGUGAACCAGAAAAGGUGGACCACCUUGUAUUUAUGGUCCAUGGCAUUGGUCCAGCAUGUGACUUGCGCUUCAGAUCCAUCAUACAGUGUGUUAAUGAUUUCCGCAGUGCGUCACUUUCCCUCCUGGCCUCUCAUUAUAAGCAUGCUCAGCUGGAAGGGAAAGUGGGCAGAGUGGAGUUCCUUCCUGUGAACUGGCACAGUGCUCUACAUGGGGAUGCUACAGGUGUGGAUGAGGAUAUCAAUAAGAUCACUCUGCCUAGCAUCAGUAGACUAAGACAUUUCACGAAUGACACCCUGCUGGACCUGUUUUUCUAUAACAGUCCCACCUAUUGCCAGACAAUAGUGGACACAGUGGCCUCAGAGAUCAACAGACUGCACACUCUCUUUAAACACAGACAUCCAGCGUUCAAAGGGGACAUUUCUGUUGUGGGCCAUAGCCUUGGUUCAUUGAUACUGUUUGACAUGUUAACCAACCAGAGAACUGGUUCACAAUCUUCUAGUAACAAGAUUCUGGCUGAUGACCCCUGUCAUCCAAAACACGACUCAUUGGCGAAGACUCUCACCAGACUUGGCUUGCAGCAAUACCUGCCCACAUUACAGGCAGAAAACCUGGAUCUGGAAUCACUGGCUCUUUGUCAAGAAAACGAUCUCAAAGAUAUAGGAAUUCCUCUUGGACCCCGGAAGAAGAUCCUGAAAAAUGUCAGGAGGAAAUGUUUUUCAGAGGAUUACAAAGCAACACGGCAGCCACAAGGUCUGGGAGCUCCACUUCAAGACUCUCUUACCAGUGAGGACAAUGGUAAUCCGUCACCAGGAUCGGAGGCACAAAAGGCCCAGUUACACAGAACACAGUCCAUCACCAGCUCCGUAGACUAUGAAUAUUUCAACAUGGGCAUCGGACAGACCAGUGGAGGCAUAGCCAAGGGACAGGUAUCCAUCGAUUACCCACAGCUGGCAUUUCACCCGCAGACAUUUUUUGCAUUUGGAUCUCCGAUUGGAAUGUUCCUGACUGUCCGAGGGCUUAAACGAAUCGAUCCAAACUACAGCUUUCCAACGUGCAAGAGCUUUUACAAUAUAUAUCACCCGUUUGACCCCGUCGCUUACCGGAUUGAACCCAUGAUUAUUUCAGAAGUUGAUCUAGAGCCAAUGCUAAUUCCCCACCACAAAGGCCGUAAGAGGAUGCACUUGGAACUGAAAGACAGCUUGACCCGCAUGAGCAUGGAUUUGAAGAAUAAUGUACUGGGGUCAUUACGGACGGCUUGGCAGUCCUUUUCUAGAUUACCUGUUGCUGCACUGCCCCCGGUGGAUGAAGGAGAAACCACAAUAGAUGGAAACUCUCGGGAAACACAGGCCUUAGAUGAAGUUUGUGCGCCUGCACAGACAGGAGAAAAAACUGGUGACUUUUGGACAAAAGUAAUUGCGUGGCCCUGGGCCCUUCAUAGACAAUACUUCCAAGCAGAGAACGCGGAAGCAGAGUACACGACGGGGUUAACGGAGCAGCCGGAGCAAGCAGAGCAGCCUGAAAUAAAAGUGGGAAUGUUGAACGGAGGACGACGAAUCGACCAUGUGCUGCAGGAAAAACCAAUAGAGAGCUUCAAUGAAUAUUUGUUUGCUAUUCAGUCCCAUCUAUGCUAUUGGGAAUCCGAAGACACAGCACUACUGCUGCUGAAGGAGAUCUACGACAAGCUGGAUGUGACCUUCGAACAACCGCAGCAGUAAUUACAAAUUUCUCAAUAAAUCUCACUUCAGGAACUGAGUGAGUACAUAAAGGACAGCUGUCAUGGUUGUGCAGUCCUCUCCCAGAAUGCCUUACUCGUUAGUCAGGUGAUCUCUGGUUCUGUCAGACAAUAUUUCAGUCACCACAAAAGUGGAGUUGGUGUCUAAUUUAUAGAUUCCGUCAUGCUGCGUCUUGCACUAGGCCGUCUUUUAAGCACUUCUUUAUUGUUUUCUUACCUUGCACUUUUACUAUUUUCAACAAUAAUGCACAGUUACAGUGCAAGUGAAGAAUGUGGAUCAUUUUUAUGUUGAAACUUGAUGAUCAGUAUGGAAAGGGUUGCAGAGUUAGAUUUAUUGUAUAGUAGGAGGUCAAACUCCCUAACCAAGGGACAAUUCCCUUAUCCUAUAGUUUUAUGAAUAGCAAUUAUGUUGUUUUGGUUGUCUGAAAGUUAUUUGUAUAUUCAGCAAAGUCAAGGUUUGCUGUGUCUGUAAAAGUUUUCCUGGCAGUCACCAUCCCAAAGAUCGAAAAGCUGCUGCUCCAAUAAUGUGCAAUUUUAAAGAUUAAAUAUUGACGUUACUAAUUUUUCAUGAGCUUUAAUCAUUUAUUUGUGUGUUAAUUGUGUCAUCAUAUUCACACAAAUGUGUGAAGCAAUUCAGCCUAACAAUAGAUAUGUAAUUGUGUGCCGUUUGGGUGCUGUUUUUGGUAAUCUAGUUUAGCAUUCUCCAUUGUAUAUUAAGAUAUUUUUCAAAUACAGCUUAAAAAGGGCCAAAUUUAACUUUUUGUUUCUGUCCUUUGCACCAAUGCCCUGUACAGUUAUAUUUUGUAUUAGAUGUACAAACCUCUCAAUAUAUUGCAUUUCCCAUGUACUUUACGAAUCUUUCAUUCUUUAUGCAAAGUACAGUGUGUGCUUGGUUGCUGCUUUGUCAUUUAUUUGAGUAAGAGCUCAGUCACCAACAACUUUUGAAGCUAAUCAAAGAUUAUUGUUUAUACAGCAGCUAACAAAUAUUCAUAUUUUAUGUUAUUAAAAUGAGUUUUUGUAUACUGCACCAUUAACCAGAAAAUAGACUGAUGCCAUGUUUAACACAACUUAUGCAUACCAAUAAAACAUAAUGCCCUGGUUUUUGCAUGUCACAAACGCACACAAUUUAUGUGAAACAUAUACUGUACUGUACUACACUCUCCAAGAAAAGCACUUAAAUAUUUGACAAAAAAGAAUACCUGUUUACCUCUUGUGUGGCUAAUAAAUGCAUUUCUGGUAUUCCUUAAA